AACUUCCUUAACAUGGUAUGUUCAGUACAAGAUCUCAGGCACCACAGCACAGGCAAGACGACUUUCAACAUAGAGGGCCUGGCUACACUAACACGCAAACACGGCAUCCAAAUCCCGGCUCUGUCCCGAGCUCGGGAAUUCCUACAGGAGCCUCCCCAUCACCAUCCUCCAGUCCCGGCGUGGUGAACACACAGGGCCUGGCAACUGGUACGGCCCAUGACAUGAGCAACAAGGGGGCACCUAGCCGCCCAGGUCUCGCUCCCUCUCCCCACCAGCAAGGCAAUGUGGUACAGCAGCAGCAGCAGCAGCCACCUCCGGGGAUGAUCAUUCAGCAACAAUACUUGAUACCACAGCAGAGAGGAGCACCGAUGUAUGUCCCGAUGAAUAACCAGCAGAAUCCACGUGGUGCGAUCCAAAUCCAACAAGCUCCCAGCUCUGGACCCCAGCAGAUGACGGCCGGGAGCCCGAUGAAUCCCAUCAACCAGUACCACCAGCCGUUUGUCAUACCCAUGAUGCCACAGGGAAUUAAUAUGUCUCAGUAUCAACAAAGAGAUCAAGCAGUGUACCAGCAGCAACCACACUUGAGUCAACCUUCUCAGCCACAAUACCAGCAAAGACAAGUGUACCAGCAGAGACCUCAAUUCAAUCAGCAGAAUCCACAGGGACAGAUCUAUACACAACCCAGCACGCCACCAUACUAUUCAAACUCACAGCCAGUAAAUCUGCAGCCAGGAGGAGCUACAUUUUUCCAGAGCAACCAGCAAGGAAUGGUUGUCCAACCCCAGAUGAGGCCUCAGGCUUACACAGCCACAGUCCCACAGGCACCCCAGUACAAUGCCGCCCCAAAGAAAAAGAGCCUUAUUCGUAUCGUGGAUCCCAAAUCCAAUCAGGAUAUUACUGAUACGAUCAUCCGCGAGGCUUCCAUGACGACGACUGGUAGCUCCUCGCCUCAUUCUGGACAAUCAAGUGCUUCAGGGACCCCACCAGCUCAGUCUCAAACACCUCCACAGAAUCAUCAAGCCAACGAGAAACGUGCUGCUAUUCAAGCGACCUUUGCAGCCCAAGUUGCACGUUUAGCUCACGAUGCCCCCGCACCACAUGGGUCAGAAGGGCAAAUAGCAGCCACAAAUCAAAUGAGCGUAAACCCCCCUCAGAAUCCACUGCCAGAGGGAGAACUAGCCAAGGAACCAAUAAAAGGUGCACCUCCUGAGGUAGUUGCACCAGCAGUAGAGCCACAGUCUCAGCAAGGAUCUGCAACUAUCCCUGAUCCUAACCCUGCUGUUCCUGCUGCUGCUCCUGGUGUGGUCGCUGUUCCUAAUCAAACUAUCAAAGUAGAAGCUGCUCUGGAAAAUCAAGUGGUUCCUGCAUUGCCUGAGGCAGCUGCCAAGACUGGUGAUAUUGUCCAAGCCACUCCCCAAGCUCCCAGUGAGGUGUCUUCCACAAAACCAUUUGAACAGGCAGCCACAGUUGUCAGUGAAUCUGUUAAACAGCCUACUGUGGUUGAACCAACAACCAAAGCCACACCUGCUGUGGACUCCAGAACUGAUAUGCCACCACAAGAUGACCCUGCACAAGGCAGGGAAGAACUCCAAACAGAGAGUAGUGACUCUGACAAAGGUGCUCUUCCUAUGGAUGUGAAACCACUCCCAGAAGCUGCUAAGCAGCCAAAUCCCACUCCUGCCACUAAAGAUUCAGAGGAUCAAAAACCAGCUGAGGUGGACUCUAAAGUUGUUGUUGGAAAGCAAAUUGAUGAAAGUGUAAAUAAAGAUGCCAAGGAUGAUGUUAUUGCACCUACUGCACAAGUUGUCAGCAAAGAGAAGAGCGAAACAGCAACAGUUGAGGGUAGUGCAUCCACUGUUACAGCAUCAGCAAAAGACCCCGUUAAAAAGAAGAAUCAGAAGACUAGACUUAAAGAUUUUGAGAAGAAGGGUUUGAAAGAUGAAGAUGAAUUAGAGGCUUAUCGCUCUGAUGCACCUGAGAAACAGGCACCAGAAGAGAUAGAGACAAAAUCAACACUAGAUGAGAAGACGGAGAUGGAAUCUGAAUCUAACGCAACUCAAGAGGUCAAGGUGAAAGUAGAGACACCAGCAGAGGUGCCAUCCAGCGAGGGAAAGAAAAAGGAUCCAGAGGAAAAAGAAGUUGUUGUGGAGGAUACUAAGGAGAAACAGGAGCAGGAGAAAGUUGAAUCUGAGAAUGCUAAGAACAAAGAAGAAGCGACUGAUGAGGACCCUAAGGCAUCCUUAAAAGACAACAAAAUACAGCUGAAGUACACCUAUAGGGAAGACCAGUGGAGUCCAAUGAACCCGGAAGGGAAGAAGCAAUACGGCCGCGACUUUCUGCUGCAAUUUCAGUCGGACUGUAAAGACAAACCAGAAGGUCUUCCACACAUUCCAGACAUAGUGCUGGAAAAGGCUGAGAUAAGGCUACCAAGUACAGAAAUGCCAAGCAGGAUAAACAACAGAGUGGACUUUACACCACAAUACCUCAAGUCACCUCGUGGUUCACAACCUCCACCAAACUUUGGUCAGGGUGUUCCUGGGGGCCGACGUUCCUCGAAAGAGCCUAAGAAGGUGAUCCAGAGAGCGUCUCAACCUCCCAAGCUCAGCACUGCUGGAGACAAAGCCUGGAAACCUGACAAGGAUGUGCCUGACGAUACGGAAGAAGCUAAGACCCUUGAACUUAUGAAAAAAAUGAAAGCUCUGUUGAAUAAGUUGACUCCCAAUAACUUCAGCAAGCUAAAAGAUCAGGUGUUGGGUUACUCCAUCGACACAGAGGAAAGACUUAAAGGCGUCAUUGACACCGUCUUUGAAAAGGCAAUAAGUGAGCAGGCCUUCAGUAGAACAUAUGCACAGUUGUGUCGAGACUUGUCUCAGCUGAGGGUACCAACAACCUCUGGUCAAGGUGUUGUUCAAUUCCGCACCCUACUCAUCAACCGAUGUCAAAAGGAGUUUGAGAAAGAAAAGAAUGACGAGAAAGAAGAGCAAAUUGCAAGAGAAGCCAUCGCCAAGCUGCCUGUGGAUCAACGAGGUGUGGCCAUGGAUUAUCUUCAGCUGAAGCUAAUCAAGAACAAGCGCCGUAUCCUUGGUAACAUCCGCUUUAUCGGUGAGCUCUUCAAGCUUCAGAUGUUGAUUGAGCAGAUUAUGCAUGACUGUAUCUUCAAGUUGCUAUGCUCCAAGGAUGAGGAGUCUCUGGAGUGUAUGAGUAAUCUUAUGAGUACAAUAGGAAAGAUCUUAGACCAUGAGAAAGCCAAGAACCGGAUUGAUCAGUACUUCACCCAGAUAAAGAACAUCAUCAGCCAGAAGAAGACCUCGGCAAGAAUACGAUUUAUGCUUCAAGAUGUUGUUGACCUCAGACAGCAAAGAAACUGGAUUCCACGAAGGGACACUGACAACCCCAAAACACUUGAGCAGAUCCAUCAAGACUACAAACGAGAUGAAGAACGUAAGAAGAUGGAAGGCCUCCAAGCUCAGAUGGCUCCACCCCCACCAAGGAUGUCUCGUAAUAAGAGGGAUCAACCACAGCGAGUUGGUCCCCCUCCACCAGAGGGAUGGAGCACGGUCACAUCAACAAAGGCUACCAGGGUAGCUGUUGAUCCUAAUAAGUUCAAGGUCAUGAAGCAACAAAGCAUUGAUGUUGAUAUCCAACUUGGGCCUAGUGGGCCAAGAUCUUUUGGUGGUUGGAGUCGAGGAAGCAGUGGGGGUAGCAGCAAGACACAGACAGAGCCUCCAGAACCAAAGCAGAGUAAUCGAUUCAUGAUGCUGUCUGAUGAGAGGAAAGGAAGAGUUCCAGAGUCCAAGGGUCGUGGUCCUCAAUCCUUACAGGGUAAGAGGUCCAGCUCCUCCAGGGAACGAGACGAGAUGAGCAAAGAGAGGAGGUCAGCCAUCGCUGAGGUCCAGAAAAUGUCUCAAGCUAGAAGAUCUCAAUCCAGAGAGAAAGAUCUGGACAGCAGAGGUUCAAGAGGUAAGCAAGAAGCAGCCCCAGUUUCCGCUCCAGUAAGAGAGAUUUCCAGAGCGUCAGCAGCACCAGCUAUCUCAGAAGAUGUAUUUGAAAAGAAGGCCAUGGCAACGAUUGAGGAAUUCCUCAGCAUUAAAGAUAUCGAGGAAGCCCUCAUGUGUGUAUUGGAGUUAAACUCCCCUUCCCGCAUGCACAUCCUGGUACGUUCAGCCAUGAACUGCUCAUUGGAAAAGAAUCCAGGAGCCAGGGACGCUGCUGGGCUACUAUUCCAUAAACUCAUCAAGGCUGGUCACCUCAGUAAAGAACAGUUUGUCAUUGGUGUGAAAGAGGUUCUAGAAUAUGCUGAUGACAUGGCUCUAUACAUCCCCAUGAUUUGGAAGUAUCUUGGUGAGAUCAUUGGUGCAACGUUCCGUGACAACUCUUUAUCUCUUAAGGUCCUAGCUGAUACGAUGGAACCUGUCAAAGCAGCUAGGAAGGCUGGAGACCUCAUGGCUGAGAUAUUACAUACAGUUGUCAACUUAAAUAGUGCUGAUGUAGUUGGGGAAAUGUGGCAAUCAUCAGGAUUCACAUGGGACAUGUUUCUACCAAGUGGAAAAGAUGUUCAAGAGUUUGUAAAUAAUAAGAAAUUAGGUUUUACUUUAUUGACUGGUACCAGCACCACAACAAACAGUGGCGGGGAUGCCAAUGCUAAUAGUCUGUCAGAUGAGGAUUUGGUCUCACUUAUUAAGAGAGAACUUGGAAGCAUUCUGGCCACUAUUGAGAAUGUCAACGAUAAAGUGUUUGACUGGAUUCAGAAGAACCUUAACAUAUCAAGCCCUGAAAAGCAAAGGCUAUUUAUCCGUGCCUUAGUGACUGUAGUUGUGCAAAGCACUAUUCAAGGAGAUAAAGCAGAGAGCUGUAGAAUGAACCAUGAUCUACUAAAUGUCCGAACAGCAAUCCUGAAGCGUUAUAUCAAUAAUGACAACAAUCUAGAAUUGCAAGCUCUGUAUGCUGUUCAAGCCUUAAACCAACAUUUGGAAAGCCCUCCAAGACUUCUUGGACUAAUCUUCAAUGUGCUGUAUGAUGAAGAUGUCAUACCAGGAGAAACCUUCUAUGCCUGGCAGAAAAGCUCUGACCCUAAUGAGACUGUUGGUAAGGGUGUGGCUCUAAAGUCGGUUACAAGCUUCUUUGAUUGGCUUCGUGAAGCAGAAGAGGACCCUGCCAAAUAAAAUACAAAUCUUAACAUUUAAGCAAGUUUCUUCUCAAAAGAUAAAAUACAUGAUGGAUGAUUUAAGUUUGAUUUCACACUGAUAAACAGUGCCGGAUUUUUAACGGAAUACACUGCUUGAUUAUCUCUUCUGCUUUUAUAUAUUUUUCCCUGCAACUUUUAGAAUUCCAUGGGGUAUUGUGUUACUGCUAUUAGUUAUAAGGCUUUAUCUGUAAUGUUAUGUGACAAAUGAUGAUGCACUAAAAUGAAACCAAGCUACUCUCCAAUUUCAACUCA